CAGUUUCACUAUCUGCGAGACAAAUAUCGUUUUCAAAAUGUUGAAGAUUACUUCUCUUUCGGUUGUCCUAAUUGCGAUUCUUUUUUCGUGUGUGGCGACUGAAGAAAAAGAAAAAAAAGAAAUGUAUGGUGACAAAUACGAUUAUGUCGAUUACCAUGCAAUCAUGGAAAGUCCAAGACUAAGGGAUCAAUAUUAUAAUUGUUUCAUGGAACUUGGGCCAUGUUUAACUGCAGAUCAAAAAUUCUUUAAAGAUUUGAUACCAGACGUUUUCCAGACCAAGUGCAGCAAAUGCUCCGAGAAACAGAAGAUGGCAUUCGAACAAAUAGUAGAAUUUUACGUAACAAAAUUUCCGGACAAAUGGGAAGCUGUCAUCCGAAAAUUCGUUAUAGAACCAGCACGAUCAAAGAAAAAUGAAUAACCACUUGGUUUUAGUCAAAUCAAAAUACCUAAUCUAGAAGGUUAAUGGAAGAUUGUACAAAAAUUAAUUGUAGAACCAUCUGGCUUAAAUAUAAUUAAAGGAAAAAAGUAUAAAA